AUGAAUGCAGAUCUUCCAUGGCUGCCCCCCAACCAGCUGGUUCGAAGUGGACUGAAAAUGGACGCUUCUCUGAGCGAACGAAAUGUUCGCAUCGGAGGGGAAGGGUAUAUAUAUAAUUUGUACUCGAAUGGCAACUUCAGUAAGAAGGUUGGUGGAUAUCAGUCCUUUUUCUCAACAGAGUCAGCUACUCCCUUCUACUAUGAUUUUGUGGUGAGUUCUAAUGAAUCUCAACUCAUUAGCAGCAGCGUAGGUGCUUGGAUAAACUCUACAAACAAAACUGCCUUUCUGAAUGGUCUGGAAAUGUUGGAGAUAAUGGAGGGCUCAGUUUCAGUUUCUGAUGUGAAAGAGUCUCUGAAGAAAAAUGUGGGUCUUGUGGUUGGUUCGGUUGUUGGAAGCCUGUCUUUCAUCUGCAUUUUGGCUUUCGGAAUCUUUUUUGGUUUGAAACACAUAAGAAGGUUGACUGCAAUUCGUGGGGUGAAGAUAUCAUUUGCUGAAGUUCAGCGUGCAACAAACAACUUUGACGAUGAGAAGCUGCUUGGUGAAGGUGGCUUUGGGAAUGUUUACAGAGGAACUCUCCUCGAUGGAAGAAAAGUGGCUGUCAAGAGAGCUAAGCAAGGUUCAGGCCAAGGCCUUCAAGAAUUCCAUACAGAGAUCAAGAUUUUGUCCAAGAUUCAACAUCGACAUCUUGUUUCUUUAAUUGGGUACUGUGAUGAAAAGUCUGAGAUGAUAAUUGUCUAUGAGUUCAUGGAAAAUGGGACCUUGAGUGAUCAUUUAUACGCUUCGGACUUUCCUCGUAUGCCCUGGAAGCAGAGACUUGAAAUUUGCAUUGGUGCAGCAAGGGGUCUGGAUUACCUCCACACAGUUGCAGCUAGGGGCAUCAUUCACCGUGAUGUUAAGUCCAACAACAUAUUGCUUGAUGAAAACAAUGUUGCUAAAGUUGCCGAUUUUGGCCUUUCAAAACACGGUUCUGCUGAUGAAACUCAUGUCGUCACCAAAGUGAAAGGCACCCGUGGUUACCUUGAUCCGGACUACAUGAUGUCCGAACAGUUGUCUGCAAAAUCUGAUGUGUACUCGUUCGGGAUAGUUCUUCUUGAGGUGUUAUGCGGAAGACCUCCUAUUGAUGGAAAUCUCCCAAGAGAUGAAAUGAACUUAGUUGAAUGGGUGCUACAUUGCAAGACAAAAGGGUUGCUUGAACAGGUCGUAGACUCUUCACUUGAGGGUCAGAACACGGCUGAGAAAUGUCUGCGAAAAGACGCUAAUGAUCGGCCUACAAUGGCAAAUGUGUUGUCCGACUUGGAGUGUGCAUUAAAGCUCCAUCUAGCACUAAAUCUUAGAGAACUUAGUUCUGAGGACAGCAUAGCCAAUGCUUCAUCAGCAUUUGUAUAUGUUGAGCGUCUUCCUUCACUUAGCUCCAUGGUUAAUGCAGACGAUACAGUUGUCUCUGUGGAUGGAUUGAAAAUUUGGGCAAAGCUUGGGUAUAAAGUAGAUAUAACCCAGAAGGUGACGAGCCUAAAAUUGAUCUAUAAGGUGCAUGCAGAAGAUGUUGUUAAGGAGGUCUUAGAUGAUAUGUGCAUUGCAAAUUUAGUUGGUACCAUUCCAUCAAAUAGAGUUGUUGUGCUGUAUUUUCAUGAUCCAACUGACCAAAAGAGGUAUGCAAAUGUAGCUGAAGAGUAUGCAAAUGUAGCUGAAGAGGUAUGGCCAUCGUUGGAUUCUAAGGAGUAUGCAAAUGUAGCUCAAGAAUAUGCAAGGCAUAUAAAUGGUAAUGAAGAGGAACAUGUGGAAGUUGAAUCUGAUGGUAGUGAAGCUGAAAAUGAAGAAAAAUAG